AUGGCAGUGGUGGUGAUGAUGAUGAAGAAGAAGAUGAUUGAUCCGGUUUUUAUGAUUAGAAUGACAGUGAUGGUGAUGAUGAUGAUGAGGGCAUCUCUGCGGCACUGUCGGAUUCUGGACAUUCCAUGCAAAGUGUGCGGCGACCGCAGCUCAGGGAAGCAUUAUGGUGUUUACGCCUGUGACGGCUGCUCGGGAUUCUUCAAGAGGAGCAUCCGCAGGAACAGGACCUACGUCUGUAAAUCUGGCUCUCAGGGCGGCUGUCCCGUCGACAAAACUCACAGAAACCAAUGCCGAGCGUGCCGUUUGAAAAAGUGUCUGGAAGUGAACAUGAAUAAAGACGCCGUUCAACACGAGCGGGGGCCGCGGACGUCCACCAUUCGCAAACAGGUCGCCCUAUAUUUCCGGGGCCACAAAGAGGUGAACGGAUCAUCGACCCACUUCCCGGGAUCCUCCCUGCCCGGCCCUCCCUUCUUUACCACGGUCACGCAACUGGAGCCUCACAACCUGGAGAUGGGCACAGUAGCCACCACACCGGAGAGACAAGCCAUCGUGGGUCUGGCACAGCCCACCCCUAAGUAUCCCCAUGAAGUAAGCGGCACCCCCAUGUACCUCUAUGAGGUGGCGACGGAGUCUGUGUGCGAGUCAGCGGCGCGCCUCCUUUUCAUGAGCAUCAAGUGGGCAAAAAGUGUUCCCGCAUUCUCCACCCUCCCUUUAUCUGACCAGCUGAUUCUGCUGGAGGACGCCUGGAGGGAAUUAUUUGUUCUGGGCAUCGCACAAUGGGCCAUUCCUGUGGACUCCACUACUCUUCUUGCUGUUUCUGGAAUGAACACUGAAAACACAGAGUCUCAGCGGAUGAAUAAGAUCAUGUCUGAGAUACAAGCACUUCAAGAGGUGGUCACCAGAUUCAGACAGAUGCGCCUUGAUGCAACAGAGUUUGCCUGUUUGAAAUGCAUCGUGACGUUCAAAGCUGUUCCUACACAUGGCAACACUGAGUUAAGAAGUUUCCGCAAUGCCAGCGCCAUUGCUGCACUACAAGACGAGGCACAGCUCACUCUCAACAGUUACAUACACACCAGGUACCCAACUCAGCCCUGUCGCUUCGGAAAGCUGCUCCUGCUCCUGCCGGCGCUCCGCUCGGUCGGCCCGUCCACCAUAGAGGAGGUGUUCUUCAAGAAGACCAUCGGCAACGUGCCCAUCACCAGGCUCCUCUCCGAUAUGUACAAGUCCAGCGAUAUAUGA